AUGCUCAGCGACAGCCCUCGGGAUCGUCGGGGUGCAUCUUCCUUGACGGCGUACGAUUCGGGCUGUUCCGUGACGGGGACGGUGAUUCUGAAAAGGGAUAUCUCGUUGGGAGAUGCGGUGGUCAGUCGGGGCCAGAGGGUCGUGAGUCUGCCUCUGGGUGUUGAGAAGUUGAAGAAGCGGAAACGGGCGUCGCGCCGGUCAUCCUCGUGGAGCCUGGAUUCAACAGACGGCCAGGGUCGGACUUUGGAUUGGCCUUUUGACAAAGACACAGGACGGAGUGCUGGUUGGCCUCUGCCUCCUUCUCACAAGGCGGGUCCAUGUACCACGGUAUCCCCCUCUCCCUCGCAGGGCUCAGAGCCCAGGCUAUCCAGAACCACCGACUCUAGCAGCGAAACACCAAGCGAUACACCCCCCGAGAAAAAACUAAGACUCAAAGUCUCCCGUGGCGCACUCGUCAAGCAACGCGGGCGACCAACUGGUCCCUCUUCAACCUCGUACAGCACCCACACCCACCGGUACCGUUACCCAACACCACGACGCAACCACCACCACCACCACCACCACAGCAUCACCAGCAACAACCAACCCUCCCUCCGAACCCGGACCCGACACCAACCAACCCAACCCCAGAAACGGCACGCAGGCAACCCCCCCAAAACCAAGGACCUCAUCCUCCAAGAUCUCCUAACCACAUCCCCGUCCCACAGCCGAGUCAACGGCCGAGCCCUACGCAGGUUAAUGAACCGGUUUCCGGAUUUGGAAAGAAGAGUUGUUGCUAUGUCUGAUUUGGAUGUGGGGUUUUUGGCUGCGAGGAGGGGGGGUGAUGGUGUCGGGCACGAUGCUGGGGGGAGGGGGUAUGAUGAUGGGGAGAGGGUAGAGGGGGACUGGGAUCUGAGACGGCUUCGUCGGGGGGCGAGGUUGAAGGGAAGGGUGGUUGGGUGGGUGAGACGGGUGAAGGAGGUUGUUUUGGGGGGAGGGGCGAAGUCUACGUAUAGGUGUGAGUCCAAGUUCAAGCCCAAGUUUGGGUCUAGGCCCAGACGUGGGUUGAGGCUUGGGUUUGCGUCUCGCUGGGGUCGGCGGAGGUGA